AUGGCGGUGAACUCGGGCAGCCAACUCGCGUCUCUCUCGGCUCAGCGGGAGUAUCAUGUCUCGGAACCGCAUGCGCGGCCUUUCUCCGAGAGACUCGCAACCUGGAUGCCUCCUGAGCCCCCGCGCACCGCAUCCGACGCCUGCAGUGUCUCGACGCCGGAGCGUUCUUCCUCCAGCAGCGGAGAUGCCAGCAGAGACGCGAGCGAAGACGAGAGCGAAGAUGCGAGCGAAGACGAGAGCGAAGACGCGAGCGGAGCCGAGAGAGGCCCAGACUGGAGAGGGCAGACUCCUCUGCGACUUCACAGACACAGGACGCGGCAGAUGUCUACGCAGCGGCGUCCGCGUCACUCUGGGCGCUACUGUGCGCCUGUCGCUGUGAUGGUCGUGAGAUGUCUCGUCUUGGGACUGCUGAUGUCGGCAAGUCCUCAACUGUGCAUUUUCGCGAAUCCCAGCUUCGAGUCCGUUUUUCUCUGGAGCCUCGUCCUCCUCACCGUCGCCGCCUACCUUCUCACCGCCCUCGGAGAUCCGGGCUACUUGAAGUACUGUCCAUCUGUGCUUCUUGCGCCGGAGGAAGAGGAACUAACUUGUCUGGGAGAGACGCGCGUCUGCGUCCUCGCUGCGGGGAAGACGCAUGCAGCGAGCAGCGCGGCCAGUUUGCGCGUUUCUGCGCGUUCGAGCCCUCGGAGCGCUCUCCCGCGAAGGGACGCGGAAGAAGACUCUGAGUCUCUGCUGCACUCGCAAGCCAAGGAGACCGCCCACCUGGAGGACUCUGGCCACCGCGACGGCUCGGCAACGGCCCUCGUCUCGCGUAGUCACAGGAAGACAGCGGCUUCGCUGCCUGGCUCCCCAGGCACCUGGAGCGGCAAACGGUGUGGGGUCCGAAGAGACAGUCGAAGAGUUCUCGGGAAGAGGCCUCGAGUGUCUCGACACAGUCCGCCGGACGCGGAGAGAAGAUCGUUCGAACGGCGCACGAGGGCGAAGCCGCCGUUCUUCGCGCGAAGAAGGGAGAACUGGUCUCGCCUUCGUAGUUCAGCGUCCUCGGACUCUGCGGCGUCGGAGACCGCGCCUCGAUGGCAGAAACAGGUGAAGGACUCUUGCUCUUCUUCAGGGGAGUCGCGCGGAGACUCGGAGUUCGAGGAUCUCUUCUUUGGCGACGAAGAACGCGGCGAGGGUGCUUUGGGUGUCUCUGCAACUCGAGACGCGGCCGCGCAUGCAAACCUUCCGCUGUACUUGAGGAACUCGGUGGACGCUGCCGGUCCAGGAGAGGGAAGGGGAGAUCUGUGGGGGACGCCUGGGCGGAGAGACGCGUUUCGAUCGUCCUCGAAAGACAACCGAGGGGACCUCUGGCAAGAUGAAGAACUAGGUCCGGGGAUGCGAGCGACGUUUCAGUCGCUGCCUGCCCUUGAAGCGCCUUUCCCGACCUCCGACGCGAGUGAAGGAGACUUAGAGAAAGGCGCAGAUUCAUGGCAGAACACAGAAACAGACAACGCUUUUCUGCACAUGCAAAUCGCGCGGCCAGACCCCCAGAGCCCUCCCGACGGCGGCCUCUCCUCUUCUCCACACUCGCGUCUCCCCUCCUUCGCCGCGCUUUCCUCGCCUCUCUCUUUUUCUCUUGCUGCUACUGCGUCUUCGAUGCAGACUGGACCAUGCUCCGUUUCCUCUUCGAGCCACGGAGCCGCGGCUGGAAGAGACGCAUGGGUCGAGAAGUCGAGGGCGCGAGAAACAGACGACGAGGAGAGGAGACAAAAAGGCGAACAGAGAGACGAGAGAGAACAAGCAGUCGAGGGACUGUACGUCCUUGAAGAUUCUCUGUCGAGGCGCUCAAGGCCUUCGAGGGAGACUGCAGGAAGGGACAGAAGCUUCCUCACUCAACCUAGUUUUUCUCUGUCAUCUCCCCAGUUGCUCACUCUCCCUUCCGAUGAUGGGAGCUUCAUAUCCAUGGAAGUGUGUCGAUCUCACGCUUCUCCUCACUCUCCUCGUUCACCUUCGCCUACGUCUUCUCGUCGUUCUUCUUCUCGCUCUUCUUCCCUUUCUUCGCGUUCUUCUUCGUCACCCUCUUCUCCCCGUUUCCGGUAUUCCGCGUCUCGGCGUAGAGAGAGAGGGGACCUCUCUGCCUGGCCUCGGUCGGCGUUUCUCCCUGCGGGCUCGGCCGCCGCGCGGCAGGAGCGAGGCUGUGUCUCGCUGCCUCUCUCGGAGAUCUACGCGAGCUGCAAUCAGGUCUUCCACUUCGACAGCGCUGGGGAGCCUCUCGGAUUCGCGCCGCUGCCCCUGGCCCUCGGCCAUCGCAGAGCCUUUGAGAAACGCGCUGCAGGAAAGCCAGGGAGAAGAACAGAAAGGAGAAAAAAGGAGAGAAGAGGAGGGCGAGGAAGAGGCGAAAGCAUGAGAGAGGAACACAGUUUGGGAGGACAAGGACCAGAUGCAGAUUUCGAGUUUUCUGAGCGACAGACUGAGUGCGGCGACAGAGAAGCCGCGUUGUCGGAGUCCGCGGCUGCGGUGCAUUCGCUGGGAAGCGGAGACAGCGAAGGCAAAGACAGUUCGAUGAGAAGCGAAAAUUCGCUGGAGAAGAACAUCGACCUGCUGACCCACGAAAGGAUCCCUCUCGACGGCGAAGCGCCGAGCAGACACGCGCAUAUCCACCCAGGCGCAGAGUCGCCGAGAGCGAAGGAAGAGCAGACAGAGAGGGAACGACAGCGAGAAGAAGGAAUGCGGAUGCGCGAGAGGACAACAGCGGGGGGCGAGGCUAGGGAUGUGAGAGAAGUGACAGUCGCUGCGUUGCAGCCAAGAGAAGGCAGCGAAGGAGAAGGCGCGAUGCGUUUCGAGAGACGCGUGGAGAGAAACGCCCUUGAAAGCGAAUCUGAGGAGAAGGCCGCUCACCUGAGGCGCCUCGCCACCCCAGCUGAGGGUGGCGCAGAUCGCGGAAUGGCGCAGGAGGUCUGUCGAGACUCGCGUGAGGGGAGACAGCAAGAGGAUCUGAGGAGAAGCGAGGCGUCCGACAGAGCGAAGCAGCUCCAUGGGCCGCCUUCUCCGCCCCACAACGCAGUCCCUGCUGUCCCUGCGGAGGAGACACAGAGACAGAGACAAGUUGCGUGGAGAGAGAGUGGGGAGUCGCGAGAAGGCAGCCGAGAAGAAGCGUGGAGAGACGGAAGCAGGAGACUCGCAAGUCGAGGCAAGAGAGGAGUGCAGCUGGAAAGAGACAUCUUCUCGGUCUCCAAAAAUCAAAUGUACCAAGCCUCCGUCAAGCUGCGCUACUGCGAAAUCUGCGCCAUGUUCCAGCCUCUGAGGACGAAGCACUGCGGCCACUGCGGCAGAUGCACGCGUACCCACGACCAUCACUGCCCCUGGAUUGGCACCUGCGUCGCGGAAGAGAACCGCGUGUACUUUUACUGGUUUCUCUUCCUGCAAGCGCUCGAGCUCCUCGCUGUGGCUGUUCUUUACAUCCGCGCUCUCGUCUGGCAGUCGGAGGCUGAGAUUCAAAAUCCGUUCUACUUCGUCGCCCUCUUCCUCACGCUGAUGUUCUGCCUCUUCCUCGCGUGUAUGGUGACUUGCCUCUUCUCCUACCAUACCUACCUCAUGCUCUCCAACUUAACGACCUGGGAGUCCAUGGCAUGGCAUAGAAUCUCCUACUUGAAGGAUCUGCCUGAGGCGAAGGGAUCGCCGUUCAAUCGCGGCGUGUUAGUCAACAUUUGCAUCUACUGCUUCCCGCCGUCGUGCUGCGGCAGCUGGCGACCUCUUUUGCGACCUCUCUCGCGGUUCCUCUGCUCUCUCGCGUCGCUCCUCCACACCCUCUCGCCUUGUCUCCGACGCUUCCGGCGACCGGCCUGGAGCUCGAGCGCGCGAGCGACCGGAGACUCGCUCGCCGGAAGCGCCGUUCCUGCCCGGGGCCUCGCCGGCUUCCCCUACGGACCAUGCGGCGAAAUCUGGUGGGAACCCGGCCCUGCCCCAGUUCCGACGGCUCUCGACCGGGUCUGCUGUCACUCCCUCUAG